CCAAUGCUAUGGUAAGGUACAUUCAACCUAGUAUGCAUAACAACUGGCAGAUUUUUGUGUGCAGUGACUUGAAGGGAGGAAGUGGUAGGCAAGUUACAAAGAAGCCAAAUCAUAAUUGGGCAACAAAGAAAAUAAGUGAACAAAACAAGUUAAGCGAA